UGAAGGCAACAACAUAUGGGUAGUCUUGGCCAACCGUGCAGCCACCAAGCGGAAUAGCAGAAAGAGAAAGAAGUGAAGCGCAGCGACAGCCAGCACUAGAACUGUGCAGAAAAAUCUCAAGAUGCAGAGGACGAAGACCACUUCUAUUCAGUAUGGACGACUAUCGGCACCUGUAGUGCAACGAACGGUAGUGACACGACCUGUAGUUCAGCAGACAGUAGUGGCGCCAUCUGUAGUUCAGCACACAGUAGUGACACCACCGGCACAGGACGUCAGUAUCUGCCCUGGGUACAUGAGCAAGGCUUCAGUUGGCUUGGGAAUAACCCAGAUUGUUAUUGGAGUGCUUUGUGUGGUAUUUGCCAUAGUCUUCAUGGUACUUUUCCCUGAUGGUACCAGACCCCAAGUGGUCAAUUCCAACACUGCCGCGGGGAUAUGGCUGGGAGUCCUGUUCAUUGUCACUGGAAUCCUGGGUGUACUUGCAUCAAAGAAGAACAAAUGUAUGGUGAGUAAUAUAUUAUAUUAA